AUGAAUUCAUUGUUUUAUGGUGUAGUGGUGUUACUAUUUAUAGUAAUUGCCGAUGUACAGAGUAUAAUGUUUGAACUUCAACCAAGUGCUAAAAAAUGUAUUAAAGAAGAAAUACAAGCUCAGGUAUUAGUUACUGGUGAAUAUCAAGUAUCCGAGGCACCCGGUCAACGUGUUGACUACGUGGUAAAAGAUUCAAAGAGUCAUAUACUGUCACAAAAAGAAGAUAUUCCCCAUGACAGAAAUUUGAAAUUUUCAUUUGUCACUGAAAACUAUGAUACUUUGGAAAUUUGUUUUACUUCACAUUUACCAGCUCAUCAACGAGGCAUGAAACAAGACAUUUUAUUAAUAACUAAACAUGGUAUUGAGGCUAAAAAUUAUGAAGCGCUUGGAGAAGCCGCUAAACUUAAACCCAUUGAAGUUGAAUUGAAACGCCUAGAGGACUUGUCUGAGAGUAUCGUCCAAGACUUUUCAAGAAUGCGCCAAAGAGAAGAAGAAAUGAGAGAUACAAACGAGCAAACAAAUUCACGAGUACUGUACUUCAGCAUAUUUUCAAUGUGCUGUCUAUUAGGUUUAGCAACAUGGCAAAUAUUCUAUUUAAGACGCUUCUUCAGAGCAAAGAAAUUGAUAGAGUGA